CCCUUUCCAUCAUCACAAACUUACAGUUUAGAUGCUUCACAACUUGUGGAAAAGAAAGCCUUUAAAUUUGAUGAAAAAAAUAUAAAUCAGAAAGAUGAAAAAAACCUCAACCCUUGCCACGACGAUUGUGGAGAUGAGAGUGCACAUGGAUUGUCCCGGUUGUGAAAGCAAGAUCAGAAAGGCUAUCCACAAACUUGAUGGUAUCUAAUUUCAUAUAUAUAUAUAUAUAUAUAUAUGUAUAAAAAGAAAAACUAAUAUUGCAGUUUAAUCUUACUUUUAUUUUUUUUCUGGUAAUUUGAGCAAUUAUAUCAAAUAAUGAUAUUAAUAAUAAGCUAUAUAAAUUCCUUAACAAUUAAAUUAAGUACUUGUCAACUAACUUUGAAACUGACUUCAUUUGGAUAAAUUAGGAGUAGACAAUGUGGACAUAGACAUGAGCAUGCAGAAGGUGAUGGUCACAGGUUGGAUUGACCAAGAAAAAGUUCUGGAAACGGUGCGAAAAACAGGAAGACUAGCUGAGUUAUGGCCAUUUCCACACCACCCGGAAAACCAUGCUUUCAACUACACCUACUACGAUCAGUUCUACCAGCCUCCGGCAAGCCGUUUCACCGUGAAUCCAGAAACCUAUUACAGCGUCGAGCCUACUUAUGUCGACCCUAAUUAUGAUGAUUACGAUAACGAGUUUUUCUCUACGUAUAAUUACAACGUGCCCGGCUACAAUGGACAAGACAAUGAAUACUAUCAAGAAGCCCCUGCCACAACUGUAUUCAGCGAGAGAACUAGUGCCAUGUUCAGCGAUGAAAAUGCGCAUGGUUGUUCAAUAAUGUGAAGAACGAUGGCUCCGUCUAUGGUUGGUGGGCUGUUUUGCGAAGUUAAUAGAAAAAAUACUCUUAGCAAAUCACGCACUUGUAAAGCAAAUUUAGUUCUCUGCAUUCAGUUUUGUGGGUGUUCAACCUAUUGGCUUCUUUCCAGCUUUUUCUCGUGUGAACGGAUACAUAGCUAGUUGUGUAUAGUGCAUCACAUUGCCAACUUAAAAAAUUCCUUGAAGAUGCUAAUGUAACUAAAGGAAGGAAGGGGAAGGAACAAGUAUAUAUUUCAGCAUAAUGUUCCAUAAAUCCCAUUCAAUGUGGAUUGUUGCCCCCCUUCCCCCCAAAAAUAAAAUCACAAAACACACAGCUUUGCACCACGGCAUUUAGGUUUUGGGUAACAUGUUCAAUGGUCGUGGCUUUAUAUGUCCAUGGCCAUGAGUAUCAAGAAUUGUAGCAGCAGAAAGAUAUCUUAUGUCAGCAUGCAUCAACAUAUAGCUAUCAGAACUAGAGUUUGUACUUGAAUGCUCUCUGUGGUGGAUCUGUUCUUUCCACCCAAGACACAAGUUAGCAUCAAAAAAAUGAAAAGGUUGCUCAAAUUAGAGCCAGCAUGGCUACAAAUCUCACAAAUUAUGAUGAAAUUAGGG